CAGGCGCCUUCAGCCAGCUGCGAUGCCGCUGCAGGUUGGCGAUUACAGCUGGCAGCAGACGGAGGCCGCCGUCUUCCUGUCGCUGCCGCUGCGAGGCGUGAGCGUGCGCGACGCCGACGUGUUCUGCUCCGAGAGCUACCUGAAGGUCAACUUCCCUCCAUUUUUGUUUGAGGCAUUUCUCUACGCUCCCAUAGAUGAUGCAAUUAGCAAAGCCAAAAUUGGGAAUGACACCAUUCUCUUCACCUUGUAUAAAAAGGAAGCAGUCAUGUGGGAGAGCCUUUUAGCAUCAGGUGCUGACAAAGAGAUGAAGCAGAGAAUAAGAGAGCAGUCUAUUUUGCAAGCACAAGAGAGAGCGCAACAGGCUGGAGAGGCCAAGGCAGCAGCAAGGCGGGAAGAUCAGAAGUACACGCUGGGUGUCAUGAUGAAGAUUGAAGAAGAUGAGAGGAAAAAAAUAGAAGAUAUGAAAGAAAAUGAACGUAGAAAAACAACUAAAGAAUUGGAAGUCUGGAAAGAAUGUCAAAGAAAAGCUAAAGAACAAAAAGAAAAUCAGAGGACAGAGAUAUGUCAACAAGAAAAACAAGUUGAAGAGGAAAGAAAAAAAGUAAAACAUAAAAGCCUCACAAGAAAGCCAUCAUCUGGACAUCUUUCCUCAAAAGGGAGACAUUCAGAAAACAUAUUUUCUGAGAAGCUAAAGGAAGACAGCAUUCCUGCACCUCGCUCUGUUGGCAGUAUUAAAAUCAACUUCACCCCUCGCAUAUUUCCCACUGCACUCCGGGAGUCACAAGUAGCGGAAGAGGAGGAGUGGCUGCACAAACAAGCUGAGGCUCGAAGAGCGAUGAACACAGAUAUUCCUGAAUUUUGUGAUUUAAAAGAAGAAGAAAGGAAUCCAGACUGGUUGAAGGAAAAAGGAAACAAACUGUUUGCAACAGGAGACUAUUUGGCAGCGGUUAAUGCAUACAAUUUAGCCCUAAGAUUAAAUAACAAGAUUCCAUUAUUAUAUUUGAAUCGGGCUGCUUGCCAUCUGAAACUGAAAAAUUUAUACAAGACCAUUGAAGAUUCUUCUAAGGCACUGGAGUUGCUGACACCACCCGUUGCAGACAAUGCUAAUGCCAGGAUAAAGGCCCAUGUCCGCCGUGGCACAGCAUUUUGUCGACUAGAGUUAUAUGUGGAAGGCCUACAGGAUUACGAAGCUGCUCUUCGGAUUGAUCCAGCUAACACGGUUGUGCAAAAUGAUGCCCAGAAGAUUCGGAGUGUGAUUCAGGGAACAGAGCUCACAUCCUAAUGACCGACCGCUAGAAAUGAGUAGGUGAAGAAGGUGCAGAGUGGGGAGUUGCUCAGGAGUAGCUGCGCCAUGAGGAACUUGUGGAUGGUCCCUUGCUCUUCAGUGCUCUCUGAACCAGCACAGGAGUGAGGGUAUUACUUCCUCUCAUAUGAGCAUGAUAAUAUACACAUUGUUCAUGGAUGACACUUGCCCUUGGAAAGAAAUGUUGGUAUGGUUUCCAGAUUACUUUACUGGGGAGU